AUUAAAUGCAAGUAAAUGGUACAGAGAACCAGCGGUAAACAAAGAAGCUCUCUAGCUUGCACGUUAUUGCCGACAAAAGCAGAAUUUAUUUUGAUCAGCUUGGUUGGAUCAGAGGUUGAAAAGUUGAGCAAGAUGGCUGCGAAGAGUACUAAACCGUUCAUCGAUACCAAGGAGUUAACAUCGACCGAUUUUAUUGCAAUCUUUCGUAAAUACGACAAAGAUGGUAGUAACUACAUCGAAGCCAAGGAAAUCGAUGCAUUCAUGAAGGAUCUCUUUAAGAUGAAAUAUGGAAGUAACUACAGCAGUGAUAAAGUCUUGCAGCUCAAGGACUACAUCAUGAAGAAAUACGACAAGAAUCAUGACCAGAAGCUUGACAUUACCGAGCUGGCCGAGAUUUUGCCUGUUCAAGAGAAUUUCCUCGUGAAACUCCAGAACAGAAAAACUGGAACCGCCAUAGGCUCUCAGACAAUGAGCAGUGUUGAGUUCAUGAGGAUUUGGAYCAACUAUGAUCAGUAUCGCGAAGGGGUGCUUGGAAGGAAAGAACUAAGGGGAUUUAUAGCUGAUAUCUUACAACUCAAUGGACAYACCCUGGAUCCCAAAGCACAUGAACCAGAAAAACAAGUAGAUUGGCUGCUCCAAAAAUUUGACAAAGAUCGAGAUGGAGAAGUGAGCAUGACAGAAAUUCAGGGAUUCCUGAAGGUGGAAGAUAACUUCCUGCAGCCAUUUGAUAUAAGGGAAGGCCACAAGGUCAAGGACAGUGAAUUUUCUAAGAUCUGGUAUCAUUACGAUAAGGACAGAAAUGGAUCUAUCCAUGGUGCUGAGCUAGAUGCUCUUGUGAGAGACCUCUACAUCAAAAUCAAAAAGAGUCCUCCUGACAUGAAAGACAUCAAUGACUGGCGUGACAUGAUAAUGAGGUUUUCUGACAAGAACGGAGACGAAGCGGUGGCUAAGGAGGAAAUGAAUGACUUUCUAACUAAAGGUCUUUCAAAUGCUCUCAAGAGACUUAAAUAGGCAGCCAGUUAAAUGUCCAGGACAGUCUUUAAACCUUCCCAUAACACUUGAUAAAUUACUAGAAAGUAAACCUCAAACAAAACAAAAAAAAAAGGAAUUUUUGCUCUUUAAUGAAUGAGCAGCUAUCUGCCUUCCAUUUUAAUAAGUAAAGCUGUUACUGCACACGUAGAAUUAAAGCAUUUAUCAUUUGAGUGGGAAACAUACGGUACUGACCGACAGCACGGUACGAGUUGCUGUAACAUUAAAAUGGCUUCCCAUGAGAAUGAUACGACAUGCCGUAACAUUGAAAUGGCUUCCCAUUGUCUAGUAAUUGAUCCAAUCUCAACGCGUAGUUACGGUUACGGUAAGAAACGAUUCGGUUACAUUAUGCCUACAACGGAUUUGCCGUAUCGUUUCUCUCUCAUUGAAAACCGCUUUAACUAGUCAACGCAUUUUAAAAGAUACACUUUAAACUUUCUAAACAUUCUAUUUAAUAUUUUUUUGUUGAUAAAUAUAACACUAUCAUUCACUUGUUAUUUCGAUUCAAAUAAACAAAUAAAUUUAAUCUUAAUACAUUUUUAUCGUCAGAAGAAAUGUUCAAUAAACAUAAAAGAUGAGAUA